AUGGCGCUGACGAAUUUCAUACUGACCGUCGUCGGAGUAAGCGCGGUGGUGCUGCUAAUGAGAAGCGACGUGAAGCAGUCCGCCACCAUCUUCCGCCGCAACGUCCGCCACAUACGCAGCUGGCUAGAGGAAGAGUCCGCUUCAGCUGCAAAAGAAAUGAAGUGCAAACCAAAGGAAAUACCAGGGAAAGAUAUUCCCAAGGAGGACAAGCACUAG